AUGGACAACUCGACGUUGACAAAGAUGCAGAAGCACUACUGGGAAGCGAAGCAGACCUUCCUCAAGAAGGUGAAGCGAAAACAGGACGACUAUGUGGUCGCCUCGGAUGCGGAACUGGAUGCCAAGUUAGAGUACCGGGCAGUGGCGGACACCUUUGACACUGUGGGGCAGAUGGAGAAGGCGCGAACUGCCUACCGAGCGGCGCUUCUCUGGAUGAAGGACAUCUCGAAAGAGCUCGAUCCGGACGCCUACGCACAGAUGGGCAAGUUUAAAAAGGUCCAGGAGCAUGUCAGGCGGACGAAGAAGGCUUUUGAGAAGCUGAAGAUUGACAGCAUUCAGAAGAUCGACUUACUAAGUGCCUCUCGGUGCAACCUCUUCAGCAACGUCCUGGCUAGCUAUCAGAACAACCUUCAAAGCAUCUGGCAAAAGUCCUCCAAGGUGAUGAACAUCUUUGUAGAGACCUUCCAGUCGUGCUCACCAAGCUACGAGUUUACCGUUCUGAAGGAGCUCAACAGUGAAACAGUUGACGAGCGGUUUGAAAGUUUUGAGGCCAAAAUCAAGGAGAUUCUCGCCCAGGACAACAUCAACGAAAAGGAUAUGCUCAUCUUCUUUGAGACCGACUACAAAGAUAACAGAGAAUCAAAUGCCGACAAUAAAAAACAAAAGCAUAAACAGUCAUGCAAGGAAUGCAAAGACGACGGCAAAAACAAAACAAAGACUUCUAGCAAAUCAAAACUUGAUAACGGUGCUGAUUCAAAAACUGAAAAGGAUAAAAAGAAGGAAAAGAAGAGCAGCAGUGGCAGCAAAACUGAACGAUCCCUGCUUGACUUUAGUGCUGAGCUUUCGAGCAUUGCAACCACCGGUGAGAGGGAAAGAAAUGCUGACGCAUCAUCCAGUGUUGACUUGAUGGGCGAUCUAGACCUCUCGGGAACUUUCAUGCCCAGUUCACUGAUCGAGCUAGACCACAUGCACAAAAUGGACAGUGGCAAUGAACUGAUGCAGACUGACUUUGAGUCAUUGCUCUUGCAGUCCACCCAACAGGGCGACAACGUCGCAUCCAGCAGCGUUGCAGGCAACACCGUUGCGCCAACCAAAAGCAGAAGCACAGCAAGUGCACAGUCUACCAACAAGAACAACACUACCCUUCAAUCGUGGCUUGAUCUUUUCUCUGACAUUGACCCACUGGCCAACCCGGCAGAGCUGGACAAAUUUUCCUCCGACAAGAACUACAUCGAUCGAAACUGCUAG